AUGGCAGAGAAAUCUAUUCUUUUCCAAGAGAAAGCACUCGAAAUUCUUUUGUCUCAAGUAGAGUCGAAUACAAUCAAUGAAUCUCUGCUGUGUCUGGAAAAUAUAGCUCGAUAUCAACGAUUACCUACUCAUUUCAUUUCGUAUUUUGUCGAGCAACUCUCUCAAGACGCGGAUAAUAUUAUUAGAAAAUCAUUCAAUAUUCUUCGCUUUCAAAUCUCACGAGACUAUGUGAAAUAUUCCGAAGAAUUACUUCAAUCUAUUCCAUUACCAUCGAUUAUCGAUCAAGAUCGAUUGGCUAGAGAAACAACUGUCCAACAGUGUCUUGGCACCAUUCAAACACUCUUUUUUGUUGAAUACCUCGAACCAACGACGUUUGAACUUCCAGCUACUCAGUGGUCUCGUCAAUGUUUAUGUAUUGAUUUAUUGACGAGAUGUUCCGAUCGAAGCCCUGCUCGUAUUUUGAACUUUUAUCAUCAAUUAACACAGUUCGAAAUAUUCAAACAAUACCAAUUGUACAAUGAUCAACGUGAUGAUUUUGUUCGAACCUUAAUUGAAAAGCAACGUUCAUAUGACUUCAAUUUAGCCACAAUCAUUCAAAUUUUGAUCUAUUCAAAGACUUCAACUGAUCAAGCAAUGAAACUUUUACAAUCAAAAGAAGACAAUUGGUUCUUCCAGAUACGUUUGUAUUUUAUUCAAUCGAUACUGAAUCAAUCGUCAUCCAAUACCCUUUACUCCCAAACUGUUCUUAAUCAUUUAAUUGAACGAAUAUGA